AUGUCUUUCAAUCGAGGAAUAAAACGUGAUUCCUUUGGGAAUCGAAACUUUAAUAAUCGAGGAGGUGGUGGUGGUGGAGGUGGCGGAGGAAGGAUUGGAAAUAUGGGAGGAAGCGGUGGAGGUAUGGGUGGCAACAUGAGUGGUGGAAUGGGAGGGGGUGGAGGAGGUGGUGGAGGCGGAGGUAGCGGUGGAAGUGGUGGAAUGAAUCCUUGGGAAGGAGGAAUGAUGCCUGGCAGAGGAAUUUUACCGACACCUAAUAAUAAUUUAUCUUUAGCAUCGCCACAAGCACAACUAGCAAUAGCUAGCAAUCUCCUUUCAAACUUACUUCGCAGUCAGCAAGAAGUACAACCACAGCAGGUACCAUCACUUCUCAGCCUUGGAAAUAACUUUAGCGGACCAGGACCUAACUUUCCAAAUCAGCAGAACUUUUCUUCUGGGCGUUUUAAUGAUCGUCCUGUUAGGCAUCCUAUGAAGAAUCAACGACCACAACCAUAUAACAAGAUGGGCAAUCGCGCCCGUGAUGGCCCUGCUGGGCGACGUGGUCCAUCUGCACAACAAUCUCGUGCACCCCAGUCUGGCAAUCAGCGUAUGAAUGGAAACCAAACUCAACAUCACAACGAUAAAUCUUCUAAACCAAUUCCUGCCUCUAAACAAAAUCAGACUGCCAAAAAGGAACAGCAGGACGUUAAGACCUCUGAUAAUGAAAAAACAGAAGCACCUGCUGUAACAAGUGGAGUGAAUGAAGAAUCUGAUGACAAGAAAGCUGAUCGGAAGGAUAUUAAAAAGGAAUCCGAAGAUGUUCAAGUUUUAGAGACUGAGGAAACAGAAGAAAAGCCUCAAGAUGAUGAAGAACAAAAGCCAGACAAAUCUGCAAUGGAAGAAACACCAUCGAGGGAAGCAAAUACAUCUACAACGGAGAAGGAUUCAAAAUUGACAGGCAAAAAAUCAGAAGCAAGACACGCUGAAAGUCGUUAUGCAGAGGUUCCAAUGAGUCAUAUGUUCUGUCACAUUUGUAACAAACAUAUGUGGGAUGGAUAUUCUUUCGAAAAUCACUUACGCGGGCGAGCACAUCAGUUGAUGAUGGAAAAGUUAGAUGAAUCAUAUAAAUUAAAGGUUGAUCUCAUGCGGCACGAAUUAAGAGUAGCGGAAGAACAACGCGAACUUAGUCUGACUAAUUCGAAACGUCGUGGUAAGAAAGUGUCUGUAGAUUUGAAUGUACGUGAAUAUUGCACAAUGUGUGACUUGAAUUUUUACGGAACAUUAUCAACGCAUAGAAAGAGUGAGAAACAUCAACAGCUAAAAACAUUUUUGCAUCCAAGAUGUUUCCCAUGUUUGAAAGAAUUUCCAUCGCGCAUUGAAUAUGAUGAACAUUGUUUAACACCGGGACACAUGAAGAAAGCUGUGCAGUGUGAAGAACAACGAAAAAAUAAAAAGAAAGAAAAACUUGCAAAAGGAGAAUCUGAAGUGCGUACUGCAGAAGAUGAAGAAAAAGACGUUGGUUCUGACAAUAAAAAUGAAAAGGAGGAAGAUACUACUAUAGAAGAACAGGAAUAUAUUACGGAUAUUGUUGAGAAUUUGAAUGAAAAGAAAUUCAAAAUUCCAUCUUAUAAAUAUUGUCGACAAAAUCAAGUUUCCAUUGGAAAAUCUAUGGUGAAAGAAGUUCAAGGAUUUUAUUGUGAAAAAUGUAGAAGAUUCAUGCUGUUAGCUGAAGAUAUGAAUGCUCAUUUACGUAGUAUUACUCAUUACCGAAAUUUCGUACAAGAAGUAAAGGCUUUAACUUCGAGUACGGAAACUACAGAACAAAAAUCAACAGAAAAACUUGAGACUAACGAUGAUGCUCAAGAAAAUGACAAGGAAUAUGACGGGAGUUGGAAACGUCGUAAAAUAGUUCAUUCUGAAGACGAGAAUAAUGUGGAAAUGAAGGAAGCACAAGAAAACAAUGUUGAAAAUGCAAAUGCUCAAAAGAAAACUGACGGAGAUGAAAAGUAUGAUCCGCUUGAAGCUGAUGCAGAAUCUGAGGAAGAAGAAACUCGCGAAGCGGAAAAAAGCGACAAACAGCCUUCGCAAAAUACUGUUAAUACUCCAGAAAAGAAGACACCAGUUGAUAAAAUAUGGGCCGAUAUCGAUAAUGAUAAUGAGGCGGAAAUAGGUAAUUUAAUUGAUAAUGAAGAUGAAAAAGAACAGGUUGAUCAUGAAAAAUCCAUUCAGAAGUUAGAUAGAGAUCUAAAUCCGCAAGUGAAGCUAACACGUGGUCGAGGUUUUCCUCGUGGACGCGGUACUCCUAGAGCACGAAGGGCUCGACGAUAAAGUGAUCUCUAUCGUAAAUUAGAAGAACUGUACUAUGUACGAUUGUUAAAGAAAAUAAUGCAUUUUCGGAGUAUGGAGGAGAAAUAAACAGAUAUGCUUUUGCGUAUUGAUAUUGAUUAUCUUGUAACUAUUCUGUGUUAAGAAAUACUAUUAAUAUUCAACUAAUUAAUACAUGUUUAUCAUUUUUAAGUAACAAUCGUAAUAUGAAACUCUAUUAUAGAAAAUUCAUUCCUAGGUAUAUGCUAAUAAAAAAUCCAAAAAUACUUUGCAAUAAAUUUAAGAUGUUGAUAAAAAUUUUAUCCGGUUUAUGUUUAACUGUAGUAAAUCGAAGGUUACAUUGAUAAAUAAGAAAAAUAAUCGUACUUUCAUUUGCUUUAUCAUAACAUAGUAGGAGUUUUAUUAUAGGAUUAUGUCUUUUAUGACACAUAAGGCGUUGUAAAAAAGAAUUAAUAUAAAAGAUGCAUACUAUUCGACAAUUGUCCUAUGGAAUACCGAUAUUUCUAAUUCCCACACAAUACACACACCUCAUCUUUGUAGUCCCUAUAGAGUAAUUUAAUUUGUAAUAAAAUUUGCGUCCAUGAAAGGAAUGGCUUUAAUAACCAUAUGAUACUUUAACAACAAGUUAUAUAUAACUUUCAUAAUUUCUUUAUAUUAAUCAUGUUUAUUUAUGUAAGUAUCAUGCAAAACCUAUAUCUAUACUAGAAUAUAAUAAAAACCUAACAUUAUUCUU